UUUGCGAGUAUGUCAAUCAACAGUUUAAACUGGACAUGUGUACCAAGGCAAGUCAUUAAAUAGGCAAUUAUGUGGAAUUUGUUAUUUUUGUUUAAUAUUGAAGGAUUCGUCAAGGAUCCUCUCGGCUGAUGAUAGUAAACGUAAGUCUUCCAUUAAACCGUUUUGUGCCACCCCGAUACCGAAGAAAGUUCUUAGUGGGAAAUAUUUGGAUGACGACAAUAUGUCCUUGUCUGAUAAAGAUGUUAUAAUGGUCAAACCGCCUUCAAGAAGGUCCGUCCGUAUAGAAACCCCAAGCAUGCCCUCGUCAUCAUCGAACAUCACUCCAGAGCCGUACUUUCGAUCCAAAUCCCGAGCCAAUCAAAAAACCGAAUGGGACUCUUUUACUUCCGAGGACUUAUACGGACCCACACCGCCACCUUUGGAGACCAAAAGCGCCCCCAGUACCCCUUUAAGGACCAAAAAGCCUCCUAACGUCAAAGAAGAGUACGACGGAAUUACCAUUCCAAAACCCUUUCAAAUGACCGUCAGGGACGAGGAAAACAAGAUCGUUAAAGAAUUGUACUUAAAAAUCAACAAACCACCUAAAGAAGAGAAGCAGCAACAGUUUAAGGCCCAUGAGGUGCCUAUAGAGUCGCAAAUUCCGCUUUUCGAUAAGAUUAUGGAGGAGCAGCAAAGAAGAAGUCGAACGGUGAAAGAAAGACGCAAGAACGAGCUGCAAGCUCAGAUGAGACCGUUUUCCUUCACCCGUAGAGACGAAGAGAUCCAGGAACUGACCAAACGUUUCUCGAAAUCGUUGCCGUGCGUUUACGACGACCACGUCCCAUUGAAAAUUGAAAAGUUCAAGGCCAAACCGAUCCCGAAGAACCUUUUCAGCAAUUACAUCUAUAAGAAGAUGCACGAGGAUGAAUUUUACAGGACCCUUCAGAAAAAAAUCAGGGCGGAGGAGAUGCUAAAGUUGGCCUCGUUGCCGCCCUCGAUGGCGAAACGUGAGAAAUCCCAACCGAAGUUCGACGUGUGUCCGAGAUCGUUUCGGGACUCGCAGACGAGUAACGAGCGAGACCCGACCCCCCCGGUGCGAAAAGGACGAAAAAUACCCAAUUAUAAGAUGUACCAUGAUAAAUACGAGAGGGAACUGGAGGAGCUGAAGAACGAGUUCAUUUCCACCAGUCCGAGACCGUUUAAGUUAAAAUCAUCAAGAAAAAGAGGUAGGAGACACCACUGUAGAAUCUCUUCGGCAAAUAGCAGUUCGGAAACAAGGACGCCAUCUUCCCUGGACAUGUCCUCCAUAAACCGUUCGAAUUUGGCGGCCAUUUUGAGAAUACAGUCGGCCAGGAAACGUUUGGAAAUGGAGAUGGCCGGUAAGUUGGAGGAGGCGAAACUGAAAGAGGAAGCGAGAUGGCGCGAGAAAGUGAUGAGAAAAAAGCCGGUUUGGCAAACGUUGACUUACAGUCACGAGGAAGAUUUGGCCAUGAGACUUCAACUGAAAAGAGACGAAGAAAGACUGCGGAACGAAGAGCACAAGCUACGCAUGGAACUGAUGUUGGGCAGAGUGAACCAGCAGCCCACGUUGUUCGAGAGACAGUCCCAAAUUAAAUUCCCUAAGACAAAGGAGGAACUAGUGGAACACCUGCAUAAAGAAUAUAAGAGACAAAAAAGUGGUUCCUCUGAUAAAACGAAAUCUUCGAUUGAGGUUAAGGAUGAGGCUGUACAGGUGCAGGAGGAAAAUAAUCAUAAAGAAAGUAAGGAGAGCACCGAAGAGGUUUUUGAAAAUAAUAAUUCCAGGAGGAGCAGUAAGGACACUUAUGUCGUGUCUGAUGAUGAUGAUGAUGAUGAGAGAUCAUGUGAGGGGUCCAAUAAAACCAACAAUGGCCCUUAG